CGCCGGAAUGGUGAGGGCUUUCAGACACUGACAGAUUUCAAAACUUCACGGGUUUCGAGUUUCGCAGAGAUGAACUCUGAAGUGGAUUACGGAGGCUCCGGCAGCAGCGGCAACGGGAAGCUGCGCCAGUGGCUGAUCGAGCAGGUGGACUGCGGGAAGUAUCCCGGCCUGGUGUGGGAGAACGAUGAAAAGAGCAUCUUUAGGAUACCAUGGAAACACGCCGGGAAACAGGAUUAUAACCGGGAUGAGGAUGCCGCGCUUUUCAAGGCAUGGGCGCUUUUUAAGGGCAAGUUUCGGGAGGGGAUCGACAAGCCAGACCCUCCGACCUGGAAGACACGCCUGCGCUGCGCUCUCAACAAGAGCAACGACUUUGAGGAGCUGGUGGAGAGAAGCCAGCUGGACAUCUCUGACCCAUACAAAGUGUACCGCAUCAUCCCUGAGGGCGCCAAGAAAAGGCCCAGGCAGGAGGACAGUCCUCUGAGCCCAGUGAGCUAUCCGAUGCAUCAUCCCUACCCCACUGUACCAGCUCAGAUGCCACAGUUCAUGCCAAGCCCUGAAUGCAGCUGGAGAGAUUACUGCCCGGAGCAGCCGUCCCUGCCUGAGCUGUCCUUCAACCAGUGCCCCUGUCCCCCACGCAGCCUGCAGUGGCAGACCCCAUCCAUGGAGAACGGAUACCAGCUCAGAGCUUCCAUUUACUCCUACAGUCCCGCAGACAGUCAGCCAUCUCCCUUCCCGCUGGACGCAAGCAUCAGAUCAGCAGAGGCGCUCUCAGAUUUCCGCCUCCAUGUGUUGGUCUAUGUACAAGACACACUGGUGAGGGAGGUGACCACCUCCAGUCCAGAGGGGUGCCACAUCACCCCGGGUGCCCCAGAGAAGCCUUACCUGUCGCCGGGUGGACCUGACGUUGUGCCGCUACCUGUGGACGCCCUCUCUGCCCAGAGGAGAGCGGAUGAGUGUCCCCCCAGCCCACCGUCCGGCCUGGAAAGGGGGGUCUUGCUGUGGAUGGGUGCAGAUGGACUCUACGCCCGCAGGUUUUGUCAGAGUAGGGUUUACUGGCAGGGAGGCCCUUCGCCGUACGGAGACAAGCCCAACAAACUGGACAAAGAUGUCACCUGCAAACUUCUACACACACAGGACUACCUUACAGAGAUCCAGAGUUUCGGGCUCCAUGGACGGCCGCCCAGUCGCUUUCAGGUCCUGCUGAGUUUUGGCGACGAGUGUUUGGAUCCUCAGAGACAAAGGCGUACCCUCACAGUCCAGGUGGAACCGUUAUUCGCCAGGCAGCUCCUGUACUACGCCCAGCAGACGGGCGGCCAUUACUACCGCGGCUACGAGCAUCCUGCAGUAACAGAGCAUCUAAACGCCACUGAGGACUAUCCAAGAGCUAUCACGCAUCAUCACAGUAGCAGCCUCCAAGAGUGAACCAUGAGUGCCUUGAGUGACUGUUAAAAAAACCUUAACGAAGCAACAAAAGCAUUUAAAAAAAAGAAGAAAAAAAAGAAACAUGGCCGCAAAACUCGGGGACCAAUGGUCAAACAUGGACGGCAAUGUACAUAAACUGAUUAUUUUGCAGCUGUCGACCCUGUUAUCAAUUCUGUGUAUCUACAUGUGACAGAAUAUGUCAUAGCGUGAUAAAAUGAUGGAUAACUUUUAUUUUAAACACACAUUGUUUUCUUAGGGAACUGAAACUGACAGCGACAGUGAUUGUACAAAAAGAAUUCUGUGCUAAAUGUGCAAAAUGCACCUUUAAUUUCCCUUUAAGGAGAUUAAAUUAUAAACUCCAUCCUCGUAUCAUAAGAUGUGAGUAGGACAUGGUUAGCUUAGCCUUUGAUAGCAUAGCCUUAAAGCCAAACCAAAGUUGCUAGCGUGACUCCAUGCUAUUCUUGCAAAAUCCACCAAAGACAAAACGUUUAUACUUGUCAGAACCAAAAUUUUAAAAGGAAAUGUUUGUACGUAAUUAACAUCAUUAAACAUGCAUUCUGUCUACACAUCUCAAUAUGAGCUAGGAUAACAAGCUGUACAUUUUUUUUAUUUUAUUUAAAAACCUCUUGUAAAUAGUAUUUUUUUGUAGAAAUAUAUAUAUUUUUGCUAGUGGACACUAUUACUAUUGUUUAUAUGAGAAACUCAGGGAGCUGAAUGUAGAUAAGCUUUUUAACUUGUAUUUUCAUUUAUAAAUUGAAAACUAUAAAGUUUUACAUUUGAAUGAACCUUGGGUUAAUCUGAAUAUCAUUAACCCCAGUUUGUAAAAAAACAAAAACAAUAAUAAAACAACA